CAGCACCCGAACGAAAACAGCGACACUUUGUAUUGGCGUAAUGUGCCGCUUCUGUACUGAACCAAUCUUCCGUGAUGGUCCAACACCCACGCGUCGCCGCUGCCGUCGCCGUCACCACCACCAAUCAAGUAAUCCGAUCAAUCAUCAACUACCUAAAAGUAGGUCGAAUCCAAAAAGCCGCAUCCAUCCUCUUCGCAUUCCCACUACCCUUCCCUCACUCUCUCUACGCCCACUUCUUCCGUCAUUGUUCCUCCCCAAAAGCCAUCGUUGCAGCUCAUAAGGUUGAGUUCCACUUGGUCGCCACCUCUCCUAACCCACCCACAUUCCUCCGCAACCGCGCCCUCGAAGCCUAUGCUAGAUGCUCCUCUCUUCAUGACGCCAGGGAACUGUUCGACCAAAUGCCUCACAGAGAUGGUGGCUCUUGGAAUGCCUUGAUAACAGCUUAUUCUCGACUGCGUUACCCGCAGGAAGCACUUUCGUUGUUCCUUUCCAUGAAUAGGUCUGAUGUUCGUGCCAAUAAGAUCACCUUUGCCGGUGUUCUUUCCUCGUGUGCUGCUGUUUCAGAGCUUCCUCUCUCCCAACAGGUUCAUGGGCUAGUUGUAAAGUUUGGUUUUUGUGGCAAUGUGAUUAUUGGGAGUGCUCUUGUUGAUGUUUAUGCUAAAUGUGGGGUUAUGGUAUAUGCUCGCAGGAUGUUUUAUGAGAUGCCUCGUCGCAAUGCUGUCACUUGGAAUGUUAUUGUGAGGAGGUAUCUUGAUGUUGGGGAUGCGAAGGAAGCUGUUUUCAUGUUUGCUCGAAUGUUUUCUGCUGGAGUUAAGCCUUUGAAUUUUACAUUCUCUAAUGCUCUUGUUGCUUGUUCGAGUAUGAACGCGCUUGAGGAGGGGAUGCAAAUUCAUGGGGUUGUUGUGAAAUGGGGACUCCGCGAGGACAAUGUUGUUUCGAGCUCUCUGAUCAAUUUGUAUGUCAAGUGUGGUGAAUUGGAGAAUGGUUCUCGGGUUUUUCAUCAGCUUGUUUCGAAAGAUUUGGUGUCGUGGACUUGCAUUGUGUCAGGGUAUGCAAUGAGUGGGAAAACCUGGGAUGCUAGAAGGCUUUUUGAUCAGAUGCCUGAACGAAAUGUGAUCUCGUGGAAUGCUAUGUUGGCUGGAUAUACCCGAUUCUUUAAAUGGUAUGAAGCAUUAGAUUUUGUGGGUUUGAUGCUUGACACUGUUAAGGACUUGGAUCAUGUAACUAUUUGUUUGAUGUUAAAUGUGUCUGCGGGACUUUCGGAUCAUGAAAUGGGGAAACAGCUUCAUGGCUAUGUUUAUCGACAUGGUUUUCACUCAAACCUUAUGGUUGGCAAUGCCCUUCUUGACAUGUAUGGUAAAUGCGGGAACUUGAACAGUGCCAGAGUAUGGUUUAAUCUGAUGAGUAAUUGGCGUGACAUGGUUUCUUGGAAUGCUUUAUUGGCUAGCUACGGUCAUCAUCAUUUAAGCGAACAAGCACUAACAAUGUUUUCAGAGAUGCAAUGGGAAACGAAACCAAGCAAGUAUUCUUUUGGAACCCUUUUGGCAGCAUGUGCAAAUACUUAUGCUCUAUGCCACGGCAAACAAAUUCAUGGAUUCAUCAUUAGACAUGGAUUUCAGAUAGAUACUGUAAUCAGGACUGCUUUGAUUUACAUGUACUGUAAAUGCUACUGUCUUGAGUAUGCUCUUGAAGUUCUGAAAGGUACAGUCUAUAGGGAUGUGGUAAUGUGGAAUACGUUAAUUUUAGGAUGUUGUCACAAUCAUAGGGGAAGAGAUGCACUUGAACUUUUCGGGAUAAUGGAAGCGGAAGGCGUCAAGCCAGACCACGUGACCUUUGAGGGCAUUCUUCUUGCUUGUGUUGAAGAAGGCCUUGUUGAGUUUGGCACCCAUUGCUUCAACUCUAUGAGCAAUGAAUACUGUGUCCUACCUCAGAUGGAGCACUAUGACUGCAUGAUUGAACUCUACAGUCGGUAUGGAUGCAUGGAUGAGCUCGAUAAUUUUAUGAAAACAAUGACAAUAGAGCCUACUCUUCGCAUGUUGGAACGAGCCCUUGAUGCUAGUCAGAAAAAUGAGUCUCCAAGACUGGGCCAAUGGAUUGCUGAAAAAAUUAAUGAAUUUGAACAUUAGUUGCUUUCAACCACAGCAGAAUGCACAAAUCACAGCAGGGAGUUUAUCUUUGUUUUGGCAUAAAAGUCGAAAGUCAGAUUGCAAGUAUAUGCAAUGGAAUACGACGAUCAAGGUCCUAUCUGUAAUGAUGAUAAUCAGAUCAGUAGUACCUUGAUGUGCUGCUACGGAAUGACUAGUGUAUGCAAAAAAUGCAAAUGCAGUAAGCAUGUCAUUUUCCGGUUUAGCCGAAAGAAAAUGAUCAGGAUUUAAGAUGUACUAGGAGGAGGCUUAUUAUCAUGCUGCAACCAUAUGCAAAGAGGAAGGACAGACUACAUUUUAUCUACAAUUUUCCGGUUUAGCCGAAAGAAAAUGAUCAGGAUUUAAGAUGUACUAGGAGGAGGCUUAUUAUCAUGCUGCAACCAUAUGCAAAGAGGAAGGACAGACUACAUUUUAUCUACAAUAUUGGCUUGAUAAUAGCUUUGAGGGAUAAUUAGAGGACUGUGAAUUCAUGAUACAUUUGGGGAAAUUAUAAAGGGAGUAUCCUAUAUGGGAGGAGCCUGAUCCUUGUUUGUAGGAUUUAAGGUGUACUAGGAGGAGUCUAUUUGUCAUGUUGCAGUCAUAUGCUGAGAGGAAGGACAAACUACAUUUUUACUGUAAUAUUUGCAAUUGAUAAUGACUUUGAGGGACAGUUAGAGGACUGGGAAUUCAUGAUGCAUUUGGAGAAAUUUUAUAAGGGAGUAUCCUAUCUGGGAAAGCAUGAUCCUUGUUUGUAGAGUAAGCGCAGUGAAACUUUUUCUGCAAUUUGAUGAAGUUAUAACUGGCUCGGAGCUGCAAGUAUAGAUGGAGAUGGAAAAUUUGUCUUAUAAAGGUUGGAUUCAAUCAAUUCAUUUGUGAAUCCAUCGGUUUUAAUCACUCUUUAGACUCUCAUUAUGUAAACACAUAUGAAGUACAGACGGACCAAAAGAUACCAACACCAGCACAUAAUAUAUUAUAAUGAAAUAAAAUAUUUAAAUUAAGAAUAAAAAUUUAUAUUUGCAGUCAAAGAAGACGAAUGCAUAUCGAAGAAUUUUUUUCCCCUUCUUUUUAUAGUAUGUAGACUCUUUUUUGAGUAUUUGCACAAAAAGUAUUGGUAAAUGGUAACUACUAUAAAUUUAGAGACAAUAUUACAUAUCUAUAUUGAAGUAAGAUUUGUAGAUCAUUAAAAACAAUGUUUUAAAAACAAAACUGGUAAUUAAA